AUGGCCGCCUCGGUCGACGCUUCCCUAGGCCUCCUGGCCUGGCUGCUGCUCUUCCUACCGCCUCGACUUAGCGAGGUCUCCUCGGGGAGCGGUGACGAGGACACUUCAUCUACAGGGGCGCCUAGGUCCCCGGUGACCCCCCAGUUUGGGGAUGGUCACGCACUACCCGCUUUGCCCGCCUUUACCGCAGGAUGUGGCCAGACCCUUCUGAGGAUCGUGGGAGGAAUGGACGCCGAAGCGGGCAAGUGGCCCUGGCAGGUGAGCGUGAGAAUCAGACACGUGCACGUGUGUGGAGGUUCCCUCAUCACCGCCCAGUGGGUGCUGACUGCAGCCCACUGUAUUUUCAGCCGGUUCGAAUACACUGUCAAGUUGGGAGAUCGGAGUAUUUAUCAAACAAGAUCAAGCCUGGUGAUUCCCAUUCGCAAUAUCAUUAUCCAUCCUCAGUACUCCACUACCUCAAGUGUUAUAAACGACCUGGCCCUUCUCCAUCUCCUCUACCCCGUGAACUUUUCCGCCACCAUCUACCCUAUCUGUGUCCCUGAACAAGCUUUCAGGGUGUCAGCUGGGACUAAGUGCUGGGUGACUGGAUGGGGCAGGACAAAAGAAGGUGGACCUCCAUCAGAAAUUCUCCAGGAGGUGGACCAAGAGCUGAUGCAUUAUGAGGAAUGUAACCAGCGGAUGCAGAGGGCCUUGUCAUCUGCUAGAACUCUUGUCAGGAAAGGGAUGCUCUGUGGCUAUUUCGACAGUAAGAAGGAUUCUUGUCAGGGAGACUCCGGGGGCCCCAUGUCCUGUGAGCUGAACAGCACGUGGGUGCAGGUGGGGAUCGUGAGCUGGGGCAUCGGCUGCGCGCGCAAGGGCCACCCGGGGGUGUACACCGACCUCGGCUUCUACAGCAGCUGGGUCAGAGCAGUGCUGAACCACGCCGCCCGUCUGCAGCCCGCGCUGCUCCUCCUCUCGUUCCCGCGUCUGCUGGCUUUGUGA